AUUAUUUUAUUUGCAUCCCACAAUGUCAUUAGUGAUAUGUGCACAAAAAAACUAGGCUAUUGUUUAUUGCAAUGUAUCUGGUGCUUUUUAGUCUUGGAUAUGUAUGCUUUACUAAAUGUCCACACUGAAGACACAAUUAUAGUAGGCAAGCAAGCCUUACUUACUUUUGAGCAAGCUAUGAAGGAGUAUCUUGCAUUGAUAAAUAAUAGCAAGAAUUGGAACUUUCCCAAGAUAUACUCUUAUGAACAUCUUUUUGCAGAUAUCCAAGCAAAAGGCACUACAUGCAAUUUCAAUACAAAGCCAAAUGAGAAGAUUCAUGGUGCUCUCAAAGAUAUAUAUGACCUCUAA